GACGAAGGGUGCGUGUCUCCCUGUCCCCCGUCCAAGAUGGCUGCGUCCAUAGCACGGCGCCUGUGGCCUUUGGCGGGCGCUCGGAGCCUCCGGCCCCGGGGAGUCUGCGUCUGCAGUCAGAGCCCAAGGAGAACUUUCGCGACGGAAAGACGAGACCGGAACCUCCUGUACGAGCACGCGCGCGAGGGCUACAGCGCGCUCCCUCAGCUCGACAUGGAGCUGUUGUGCGCAUGCCCGGAAGAGGCGGCGCGCGCCCUGGAGCACCGCAAGGGGGAGCUGCGGCCGGAAGAGCUGCCCGCGAUCAUCUCAACGUGGCAGGAGCUGAGGCAGCUGCGGGCGCAGAUCCGGAGCCUGGAAGAGGAGAAGGGGGCCGUGGCGGAGGCGGUGCGGGCCCUGCUGGUGAACCAGGGCAACAGCCAAGUGCAGCAGAACCCCCACUAUCAGCGUCUGCGGGCUCGUGGCCGGGAGAUCCGGAAGGAGCUGGUGCUCCUGUACCCGAGGGAGGCCCAGCUGGAGGAGCGCUUCUACCUGCGGGCGCUGAGGCUGCCCAACCGGACCCACCCGGACGUGCCCGUCGGGGACGAGAGCCAGGCCCGAGUGCUCCAUGUGGUCGGGGACAAGCCAGCAUUCUCCUUCCAACCGCGGGGCCACCUGGAAAUCGCCGAGAAGCUCGACAUCAUCCGCCAGAAGCGCCUGUCCCACGUGUCUGGCCACCGCUCCUAUUACCUGCGCGGAGCUGGGGCCCUCCUGCAGCACGGCCUGGUCAACUUCACACUCAACAAGCUCGUCCACCGGGGCUUCACCCCCAUGACGGUGCCAGACCUUCUCCGCGGAGCUGUGUUUGAAGGCUGUGGGAUGACACCAAAUGCCAGCCCAUCCCAAAUUUACAACAUAGACCCCUCCCGCUUUGAAGACCUCAGCCUGGCCGGGACGGCAGAGGUGGGGCUGGCCGGCUACUUCAUGGACCACUCUGUGGCCUUCAGGGACCUGCCCAUCAGGAUGGUUUGUUCCAGUACCUGCUACCGGGCGGAAACAGACACAGGGAAGGAGCCGUGGGGGCUCUAUCGCGUGCACCACUUCACCAAGGUGGAGAUGUUCGGGGUGACAGGCCCCGGGCUGGAGCAGAGCUCACAGCUGCUGGAGGAGUUCCUGUCCCUUCAGAUGGAGAUUCUGACGGAGCUGGGCCUGCACUUCCGGGUCCUGGACAUGCCCACCCAGGAACUGGGCCUCCCCGCCUACCGCAAGUUCGACAUCGAGGCCUGGAUGCCAGGCCGCGGCCGCUUUGGCGAGGUCACCAGUGCGUCCAACUGCACGGACUUCCAGAGCCGCCGGCUCCACAUCAUGUUCCAGACAGAGGAGGACGGGGAGCUGCGGUUCGCCCACACGGUGAACGCCACGGCCUGUGCUGUCCCUCGCGUCCUCAUCGCCCUACUGGAGAGCAAUCAGCAAGAGGACGGCUCGGUCCUCGUGCCCCCUGCCCUCCAGCCCUACCUCGGCACCGAUCGGAUCACGGCCCCCACCCACGUGCCCCUCCGGUACAUCGGCCCCAACCAGCCCCAGAAGCCCAGGCUCCCGGCCGGCCUACCUUGAGCUGAGAGCUCAUCCUCCUCCUCCUUCCUGGGGCUCAGGGGCCCCUGGACACCUGGAACCUGUUUUCCUGACGUCUGCGUUCCUCCUGUCGGCUCCAUGGCAGGGUCCCCCCCUGGCCUCCGGCACCCACCUCUCCCACUUCCCUACUUCCUCAGAAUCAGUCAGGGACCUGUUGUCAUUGGGGGUCCCGACCCACACUAGAAAGCAGCAGUCUGGGGACUGAAGGCUCUGGGGCUGGGGAAGGAGAGAGAGGGGCCUCCGCACUCCUUCCCUGUCCCUCCCUCCGUGCGCAGCAGAAAGUCCCCAAUAAACAGUCAGAACGAA